UUUCCAACCAACCGGUUUUGAUGCAUGAACCGGUUAUUGUUUGCUGUCAAAACUGACAGCCUGUUUUCUUCUUCUUAUUCCGAAACAGUUUUCAUCGGCAUCUGUUUUUUUUUGGAUAAUCAUACGGAACACCUCGAGACCGAUCAGAUAUUUAUUUUAUUAAUCGCGAUGGCUUUCUUUAAUUUGUUAAAUCGGGUAGAGUACGCGUGUGUCUGCGGCCUGUUAAACCCACUUACGAAGCUUUACUUUUGUCGCCAUUGCAUGAAGUUGCGCUGCGGUUUCUGUGUUUGUCAUGAGGUUGAUUCAAACUUUUGCUCCAACUGUCUGGAGAACAUACCGUCGUCCGAAACGAAAAUACGUAAAAACCGCUGCAACACCUGCUUCAACUGUCCCAGCUGCCAACAUACACUUUCGGUGCGUGCAUCGGUUGCUACCGUACCGUUGGCUGCCGGAACAGAGUCGAAAGAAAGUUCACCAGCAGCCGACGAUCCGUUGAAAGCGAAACCGGAUGCAUCACCAGCAGCUGCAAAUGCUGCACCAAGUACCGGUCCGAAGCAAGUCACGAAGAAAAUGUACUAUUUAGCUUGCUUGACGUGCCGUUGGAACUCGCACGAUAUUGGUAUACCGGAUCAGACUGCCGCUACCGGUCAGUGGCCGGAACCGGAAUAUCCAAACACAACCAGAUUUGCGCUGUUACUGGAACAUUACCAGUCGGUAGUGCUGCAUGAUAAACAGGAGCGGCAAGAGCUGUGGCGUAGGAAGGCACCGAAGAAAAGCCAAUUUCCCAGUUUAACCGAUCGUACGGGACUAACCGUGUCGAUGAUGCGCCGCCAGAUGGGAUGGUCGGACGGGAAAGUACAACUCAAAACGACACCGACAUCGAUCAAGGAGUCGGUUGCAUCGGAGGAAGUAGACGAACUGCCGGAAGAGUUGUUCCAGGCCGAGGUUAAUUUGAAGACGGUAACAACACUUGCCCAACGCUUGGCACAGCCUGCCAAGCAAUCGGCUUCGGUUAGUCAGCUUUAUCCGCAGCACAAGCUGCUCUCAAUCAAACGUUCACUGCGCUGUCGACAGUGUGACCACAACGUGAUCAAGUCUGAAUAUAAUCCUUCCUCGAUCAAAUAUCGGAUUGCAUUAUUCGCCGCCUAUCACGUACCGGAUGUACGCUUAGUGAGCUGUGAACCGCUCCUGGUAGAUGGUUCCGAAGCGGCGCUUCUCUUGCGCAUCACAAACCCCACGAUCAAUGAGAUGACUAUCACUAUUAUGGAGCUACCUACGAUCGAAGAGGAGCAGUUAAUGAUUCAAGAGCUCAAAGCACUUGCCUUGGAAAGUAGCACGACACCUUCUGUAACGGCUGGUGUUUCGCACCAGACAACGCUGUCCAGCUUGAGCCCCGGUUUUGUGCGUCAAGGUACACUGCUGGAGGAACCAAGAUUGAUUGGUCGUGCUGUUAACGGAAAGCUAAAACUACCGGACAGCAGCUUCACCGUCAAUCAGCGAGAUGAUUCGGCCGAAUUUGAUGAGGUCGUGCAAGGACACCAGGAUGAACCCAAGUUCAUUGUUUGGCGCAAGGCAAAUCACGUUAUUAUUCGACUCGGUGUGCAGCCUCAGUCCGAUCCGUCGUGCGACAAGGAUAUAGUGGUUGGAUUUUCGCUGCAAUAUACCUACUUCAAUACGGUCGGAGAGAAGAGCGUCGCUCCAUCACCGUCAACAGCAGCAACAUCGCUAACCGGCGCGAACAAAGAACAAAAAUGGCAUGCACUAAAUACGCGCAUAUAUGUAAAUCUAGGAAAGCAACGAAUCGUAGGCGCGGAACGAAUUGAACAAAAUUGAGAAUCCGAUUGAAUGGAUUGAACACAUUAAACGUCAAGACAUUUAGGUUAGGAUGGCUUAUAAAGUACGCAUGUAUUAUAUACUUAUUUGCUUAUCAGAAGCUACAAGCAUACAGAAGCUUCGCGGCUCUAAACUGUGCUGCCGUCGUCAUCAAAUUUAAUAUCCAGGCCUUUCUGGUGGCCGCAUUAACGUUUUCACUCCAUCUCAGUUGGAGCCUACCACAUAUGCAGACAGUCCCCUCGAUACAACUAUUAUAGCGGAAAAAAAGCUUUAUUAAUUUCCCGUAUAUUCAGUAAAACCCGAUCUAUAAGUGUUUUGUUUUUUUGGAGCAGUAUAUGAGAGAU